AGCACAUAGACAACUCUCUGUCGUGUAAAAUUAGAGUUAGUAAAUAAUCUUGUGUUGUUUUAUUUAUUAUGGCCUGUAUACACUGAGCCUGCCCUACCCAUGCGUCGAGCAAUUUUGGACUCGUCCCAGAUUCUCUACAAUAUUAAAUGGCGCACUUUUUGACAAGGGUGCUUAAAGAGCUGUGCGAAUCUUUCUUGCGGGUCCUUCUCCUGUUGAUCGUUGUGGUUUUCCGUAGCUGCCAAGUGUUCUGUCUCCGUGUGUUGCGAGCGGAACGGCGGAAGGACGUGAGCGGGGAGACGGUGCUGAUCACCGGGGCCAGCCGGGGAAUUGGCCGGUGCCUUGCCUUGGAGUUUGCCAAACACGGAGCUUGCACGAUUAUUCUUUGGGGCCGGGAUGAAGAGAAGUUAUCGUCAGUGAAAAAGGAGGUAGAAGAAAUCGGGAAGACUGUGUGUCAUUUCUACAGGUGCGACGUUGGAGACCGUGAACAAGUGUACAGAACUAUGCAAAAGGUGCAGGAGAACGUUGGCAAAAUAACUAUCCUGGUGAACAACGCAGGCGUCGUGCACGGCGGAGCACUGCUGGAAACUAAAGACGACAACAUCGAGGACACACUUCGAGUCAACACCUUGUCUCAUUUCUGGACAACCAAAUCUGUUCUUCCAUCCAUGCUGUCGAACGGCCGCGGUCACGUGGUCGGCAUAGCCUCGACAUUAGGGCUGUUCGCGCUGCCCGGGGUUUCAGACUACGUCACGUCCAAGUUCUCCGUGGUCGGGUUCUAUGAGUCUCUGGCGGCGGAGCUGAGAGCACAGGGCCGCCGGGAUGUCGGGGUGACGUGCGUGUGUCCCGGUCACACCACUACGGACAUGUUCAAGGACCUCACUACACAGUCAUUUUCCCUGACGCCUCAGCAAGUUGCUGAGCAGACGGUAGACGCCGUAAAAAACAACCAGCGUCGGGUUAUUCUUCCCCGGAUCAUGCAUUUUACCUGGAUACUCAAUAGCUGGCUGCCGGGCUCUUGGAUGCGAACCGUGCUGUACGUCACCGGAGCGAUGAAAGACAUGGAGAACUUUUGUGCCAAGCGAUGAUGCCACUCAUGACGUCACUU